AUGGCAGCAUUUAACAACACUGGACCAACCAAUGGCAGUAACGAGACUGACUGUGAUUUACAGGAUGACUUCAAGCACAUUCUCCUCCCGGUGAGCUACAGUCUGGUGUUUGUGUUCGGUCUGGGAUUGAACAUCACCGCCAUGUAUUUCAUCUUUUUUCGAACCAAACAGUGGAAGCCCAACACCAUCUAUAUAAUCAACCUCAGCAUUUGUGACACGCUCUACAUCCUCACCCUUCCGUUUCUCAUCUACUACUACGCCGAUGAGAGCGACUGGCCGUUUGGUGAAGCGAUGUGUAAAUUCAUUCGCUUUCUCUUCUACACAAACCUCUACGGAAGCAUCCUGUUCCUCAGCUGCAUCAGCGUGCACAGAUUCAUAGGCGUCUGCCAUCCGGUGCGGUCUUUGUCCUUGUUGAACACCCAAUAUGCUCGCUUGGUCUCGGUGGGAAUAUGGGUGAUCAUCCUCAUCUUACAGGCCCCGAUUCUGUUUUUCUCUAGGACAACACAAAAAAAGGACAUUGUCUGUCAUGACACCACCCGAGAAGAUCUCUAUGAUGACUUCAUGGUCUACAGCUCGGUGGUGAUGUUUCUGCUCUUUGGCCUGCCGUUUGUGGUGGUGCUCUACUGCAAUGCGAUGAUGGUGAAGAAACUCCUUGAACCUCGAGUUGGCGGAGGAUCAACGUCACAGCGAUCCAAGCAGAAGUCGGUGAAGAUGAUCAUUUUAGUGCUUCUGACUUUCAUCUUGUGCUUUCUUCCCUUCCAUGUGAACCGCAUUGUACACUACACCCUUCGCUAUAUGGACAGAAGCUGCGACCAGCUCCGUCUCUCCAACAUCUACUACCAGGCCACGCGACCUCUGCUCAGCAUUAACAGCUGCAUUGACCCUAUCCUCUACUUCAUGGCAGGACAGAGCUUCAGAAACAACAGCACAAGAUCAAACCCAUCCUCGGAGAGAUCCAUCUCAACAGUUUAA